GACACUUAAAAGAAGUGGAGGAUCUAUCGGUUUUGUGAGGAAAGAAAAGAUGAGAGGAUGCAGCAGCACGCCGUCAACCUUCAUAAGCCCCAUAAAACACUGGGAUACUGAAGCAUCAUCAGCUGAGGAUGCAGACAGUUCAAGUACCAGCAGUUUGGAGGUGAAGGAGAAUCAGGAUGAUAAAUGCCAGGUGGAGCGUGACCUCCUUAGAAAGUAUCACCCAUCAACUUUUUGCACAACUUUCCCCAGAAAUGGACAAAGAGCUUUGAAGAGGAAGCAGCCGCUGGUGGACGGAAAAGAGCAGCUGCUCUACCAAAGUCACUCCACCUGUAAAAGAGCAGCUUGGGGUGUGACUCAGAAGAACGCACUGGUGCACCUGAAUGAGCUACGACCAGGCCUGCAGUAUGAUAUCACAUCAAAGACUGGCCCGCUGCACGCGCCGGUAUUUUCUGUAGCCGUGGAGGUAAACGGCUUCCACUUCGAGGGCCGAGGACCAACUAAAAAACAGGCCAAGAUGAGGGCUGCAGAGCAGGCUCUCCAGUCAUUCAUUCAGUUCCCAAACACCUCCCAGGCUCAUGCAUCCAUGGAGAACUUCACCAGCACACCUGUGGACUUCACAGCAGAUAAAGUGGAUAUUCCCAACGGAUUUUUCAAAGAGUUUGAGCCAUCGGUGCUUCGGAACUGUGAUCUACUCCACUCCAACGCAGCAAAAAAGGAGGUCUUCUCCAGCAUUUACAACCACAGAAGACUUGUUCGUCUGACGCUGGACUUGGUGUCCUCUACAAAUCCAAAAAGACGAGCAGUCACCACCUCACUGUUAGAGGACUUCAGCCCAGUAGCACUGCUCAAUGAGCUGCGCCCGGGGCUCAGGUACAUGUGCCUGACUGAGAGAGUUCCUGUCAGGGCGAUGAAGAGUUUCGUUAUGAUGGUCAGGUUGGAGGGGCGGGUGUUUGAAGGGUGUGCUCCCAGUAAAAGACUGGCCAAGGCCAAAGCAGCAGCAGCUGCCCUACAGUCUCUUUACAACAUAAGUCUGGGACCAGAGAGGACCUUCAUGGGCCUGCAGGACAGCAGGGCCAAAAAUCAGCUACCUCAGUUCUUCGCAGAGUCAAUCUUCCACUUGGUGAGAGAGAAAUACACAGCGCUCGCAGACAGCUGUUCCUCUACCUCGCACGCCCGACACAAGGUGCUGGCAGGGAUCGUGAUGACCAGAGGACUCGAUCUUCGAUCAGCCCGGGUUGUGUCUCUGGCCACAGGGACGAAGUGCUUGGACUUGGGUGGUGUGAGCGACUGUGGCUGUACGCUCACCGACUGCCACGCUGAAGUCGUGAGUCGACGGGCGCUGGUUCGAUUCCUGUACAGUCAGCUGGAGCUGCUCCUCUGCAAGCCGGCGAACAGUGAGGAACAAUCGAUCUUUAUACCAAAUAAAAGCUGCGGUGAUGGCUUCCGGCUGCGGGAGGGCGUCCACUUCCACAUGUACGUCAGCUCGUCGCCGUGUGGAGACGCACGACUCAACUGCCCCUACGAGACCACAGCUGCAUAUCCCAGCAGGAGAUUUCGCUGCCACCUCAGGGUGAAGGUAAAGGGAGGUGAGGGGACGCUGCCCAUCACGGCACGGAGAGCCAAUCAGAAAUGGGAUGGCUUAUCGCUGAGUAAACCUCUCGUUACCAUGUCAUGCACAGACAAAUUGGCAAAGUGGAGCGUUGUGGGCCUCCAAGGGGCUCUCCUGUCUCACCUGGUGGAGCCGGUUUACCUCCAGAGCCUAACGGUGGGCACGCUCAGCCACACGGGUCACCUGGGCAGAGCUAUGGCACGCCGCCUCGCGCCCAUCAAACACCUCCCCUUCCCCUACAGACGACAGCAGCUGCUGCUCGGCUGUUUGAGCAGCAGGGACGCCCGGCCAGCAGGGAAGCCUCCCAACAUCAGCGUGAACUGGAGCUGCGGUGAUGGAGGCUGGGAGGAAAUCAGCACCUCCACAGGAAGGAGGAAGGACUCAGGGACGCCAUCGCGGCUCUGCAGGCGCUCGCUGUUUGCCCGCUGGCUGAGGCUGCAGCAGCAGCUAAAGGGCCCUGUAAUCGGGGCAGAACCCACAACAGGGACAUAUUGUGCUUCCAAGAUGUCUGCUCAGUGCUACCAGAGGGCGGUGCAGCAGUUCAGCAGCGCUCUGCAGGGAGGUGGUCUGGGGAUGUGGCUGAGGAAACCGCCAAAACUGGGUCACUUCACUGUCAGUGUGUCAAAAACUGAGUGUUAAAUGGUGAUUAUGGAGGCUGCAGGUUUUCCUUUUGGCACUGCAUCACGAAGAAGUUUCAUUUUAUUUAAAAUAAACUCCGAAAGUGAAAGUGGCCUGAACAGAGACAGCUGGGACAAAGUUAAACAAUUACAGAUUAAUACAAUGUAACAACACUGUUAAAUAACAGACUAACAGUCUAAUUGCGCGAUUUCCUUCUCCUGUUUUGGUCCUGAUGCGUUAUAAUUAAUGCAAACAGAGGGUCAAGAGGGCUUCAGCAGGUCUCUAAUGUGAAUAGCAACUGUACUAAUAGCACCUCUCAAAUCUUUUGUACAAGUAAAGAUAGGCCAGCAUAUCCUCACCUUCCAGAAGUGUCCUAAUAAGGUCUACAGCUCGUGUCGGUCCUUGUGAAAAAUUCAAACCAUAAAUAUAUUGUAACAAACUUUCUUAUCCCAACCUUAACCAACCAGCUGAGCCAGCAACACUGAAAUUUUAGCCGUGAAUCGGAAGCGAGUCCCAACAUUGAGUUUGAAAGGUUUCUCUCCUCACAAGUUUUUUGUCUUUUGUGUUUUUGUUUAUUCUGUUUAGAAAUGUUGUGUUUGAUGUCUCAUUAUUAUUAUGUCUAAUUAUCUUAAUGUAGGCUGAAAAGUGAGUGCUGUAGGCUCAGGAGUGUGAUGGCACACUGCCCCCUCGAGGUAGAUGGUGUGCUUUACAAACUGUAGUCUAGGUUUGAUGAGCAAGAAGUUAAUCUAAUCUAACUUUAAUUUACUUUAAUUACAGAUAUUCCAGAGACUUAUUUUAAUGUGUUUUUGUGUUAAUUUAUAGGAAAAACUAAAUUUUGUUGAAUGUGACAUAAAAGAGAACUUCUUAUGAAAGCCAUCGGUGUUGGAUUCUUUAAAGUUUCCAUUAUUAGACAUCCAGAUUGUCUUCUAUAUUAGUCAACUAUUUUUAUCACUGGAAAUAAAAUUAUUUGUGUUAGUUUGUGUUAUUUUUAUCUAUAAAUGCACAACAAAUUUAAAAUAAAAGCCCCCGUCCUAAAAAGCCCCAAGACAUUGACACAAUAUACACACACAAAUCAGACAGACAGCAAAUGUUCAAACAGCACAAAUGGUUUAUUUUUGUUUCACAAGCGAUUGCUUGUUCCUUGUUACACAGCUAUAAUCCACAAAACUCAGUAACAUAUUUUCCUUCUCUUUUUUUUGGGGGGAGAACUGUGAGCUGUUGUGUUUUUGUUUUACAUCGACCACACGAAACACUGUUUAAACACCAGGAGUCUGACGAGGGUUCAGGAUGGCAGCUUAAUGACGGCCGAUGCUCAGUGAUCGGGUUUUUCUGAUGGCGUGAAAAAUGAAACUUAACGUUCGGUUAAAACUGGUGAGUCGUGAAGGUGAUAACAAAGUGGCUCAGUGUUGGUGGAAAGAGCAGUCGAGUGCAGCGAAAAAGUCAACAAGGACAAAAACACACACACACACACACACACACACACACACACACACACACACACACAAAAAUGUUCUGUUAUUUAAACCAGGGAUGACGACCGGAGGAACAGAUUAGAGCCCCAACUUUAAAGAUAAUGCAGAUAAUGACCACCACUGCAUAUACAUGCGAGAUAAGAAUACAAAGCGUCGGUACUUCAUUUAAUCAGGAUAUCCUAAAGUUAAAUCCAUUUUCAGUCUUUUGUGUGGCGUCACUUACUCCUUAACAUCAGAGCACAGAGCCCUGCACAACAGCCUGAGACCUCUGCUCGUCAUUUUCUCAAUCAGUUUUCAUUUUUUCCUGAUAAAAGUUUGAGAUUUCCUAUCAACCUCCUACUCCCAGCACAUUAUUUAGAUUUCGAUGAUCUCUGAAGUUCUUUGUGUUCUCGUAAGUUUAGCAAAAGUUCUGACAAUAACAACAUAUGCGGUUUAAUACAAAAUAAAUAUGAGUAAUGCUGAUACUGGAAAGAAUCCUGUCUGUGCAAACAAUUUUAAAGAUACCACAAAAAAUGUACUGCCCAUUAAAAAAACAAAAACAAAAAAACCCUCUGCCUGCGUCUUCCCUGGCAUAAAUAACAAAAUGAACUCUUUUUUUUUCCAA